CGUUCUCUGCUAGCUGGGUAGCUGCUGUUAUCGACCAUAGCCAGCUAGUCUUUUCAGUUUGACCUAGCUAACUAGCGAGCUAGGUUAGGUUAGUGACUGUUGGCAAGCUUGUUAGCUAGCUGACGUUAAUUAUUAGCUAGCUAUAAUAGCAAAGUCUCAAGAGGAUGCUCGAAUCAAUAAACGUCACUGAAAGGCUCUAUUGGCCAGAGACGGAGCAGUCUAAGAAGUUCCUCCUUAGCUCGAUGGUGCCGGUAGAGAUGGAGAUCUCUAAGAAGUACUCGAGCCCCAGGGUGCCAGACAAGCGGCCUGUGAGCCCCACUCAGGUGUGCCUAGAGAAGCUGUCAUCCAGCAUCCUCAAGGACCUCUUCACCACGGGAACCAGCAGCUACAAUGUACUCCUGCAGGCCGAGGAGGAGGAGAGACAGAGCCCCAAGCACUCCCCGUACCGCAGGCCCAAGAAGACUGUGAGAUGUGCCUCUACAACCUGCAGGUCACACGACAGCCACCGCCAUCCGUCUGUAACUCCUCUGUUACUGUUGGGCCAGCAGGGCAGCGGAGACACCAGGCUCUCCUCCCACCACCAUGUCUUCUCCUCCGCCUCAGGGGGCCGCCCCAGCGGGCCCAAGCCAGCCCACAGCAUCAAGGUCCUGGGUAGCACCACAUGCCUGUCCCCCAGCCCUGUCUCCCGGCCCCGGAAAACAUGCUUCACCAGCUCACCCCGUACCAAGCUGCCCUCUCUGCCCAGAGGAGGGGUGAUGCGGGAAGGGGAGAAUGCCGGGGUCAAGAAGCUCUGCAUCCUCACUGCCAUCAAGCCGUCCAACGUGGAGAGGGAGAAGGUGAAGUUCUUCAAGUCGGACUUCAGCUACAAUCCUCAGUUUGAGUACAGCAACCCUGUGUCUCCGCUGGUGCUGGCUCGCCACAACAACGCCUCCGACCGCUUUCUGACACAGGCGGUGCGUAUCAUGGAGUUGGCCCUCCAGAAGUAUGGGAACUAUGAGAAGUUUGAGCAGGCCACAGGGGGAAACUUGCUCACCAAGGGCCGGAUCUGGUACCUGGUCAAGAAGUACAUGGAAAAGGAGGGCUGUAUUGGAGAGAUAGUGGUCAAUGUGACAGACGACCUCCUCUCCAGAGCGUCCAUGACGGUGGUGAACAGCCGGCCCACUCUGACCAUCAACAUUGCCACAGCCCGGGAACACUGGCUGGAGGGCAUGCUACGACAUGAGAUCAGCACACACUACUUCCGGGGCAUCAACAACGCCCAGCAGCCGUGGAGCAGCGGAGUCGGCAGGAAAAAGCACAACCUCCGACCUUUGAACCCUACUGAGGAGGGGCUGGCCAGCAUCCACUCUGUCCUGUUCCGUAAGGACCCUACCCUGUGGAGGGCUGCCUUGCUCUACUACACUGUGUACCAGGCCAGCCGCAUGUCCUUCUCUCAGCUGUUCCACAGCCUGGGACGCUUCGUCCAGGACCCCAACACACGCUGGGACUAUUGUGUACGAGCCAAGAGGGGGCAGAGCGACACCGCACAGCCUGGCUGUUUCAGGAAGGACCAGGUGUACCUGGACGGCAUCCUGAAGAUCCUAAGACACAGAGAGAGGAUUAACUUCCAGCUGCUCAUGUCCCUGGGGAAGGUGUCGUACGAGGACGUGGAUCGUCUGAAAAGCUUGGCGCUGAUGGAGCAUGUGAGGAUACCUCACUUCUUGCAGGACAUGGCGUGCUACGCUGAACAGCUGGAGAAGAUCAUGGAGGUCAACCAGCUGACUGACGAGGAGCUCAGGGUGCUCAUCUGAGACAUGGAGGAGUAGAGGGCCUGCCCACUCGGUUACUCCAACACAUAGCUUGUACAGGUUAACAGCAACCUGACCGAGAUCCAUUUGGGAUUGAAACGUUAUGUAUAUAACAAAGGCAUAGAGGUUGUUAUGAGGUAUGUGUUGAAGUAAGUGAAUGUGCGGGUCCUUCUGGCCCGGGUACCCUAUGAGAAGUGAUGAUACGCUCCUCAUCUGAGCAUGCCCAGAAAGAGGUGACCCCUGACCCUCCAGCACACCUUACCUCCACCAAGCUAAUGAGCUACCGGAACCUCAUUAAAGUCAGUGGCAUCAUUCACAGUGACAUUCCUGCAUCUCACCACCAGUACCAUCCCCAACAGGCAAAAUUGCAUGUUGCAUCAUGAUGAUGUCAUUUCCUGGUUGUAAAACUGACUUUCCACCACAUAUGGUAGCUGUGUGACGUGACAUGAUUUGUGCAGUGUACUGUAUUGUAUGUAGGGGUUCUCUCUCCAUUUCUAUAUGCACCCCAAAGCCAAAUGGAAUUGCAUUUUCAAUCUCCUGUUCAAAAGACUAAGGGGUUCCUAUACUAAUGUUUCUAAACAGAGUUUUACCGUACUGGUUGGUUGCUGUUGUUAUAGUUGAUGUUCAGGUAAUGACCCAUGAACCAGAGAGUGUGUGUUUGCCAGGGUUGGGCUGCAGUGAGAGACAUACAGAAGAGAGACAGCUAUGGUAUCAUAAAAGCACAACAUUGACUCAUGAUGUGGCCAGGUCACAGUGGAGAAAGGCAUGUGGAAGAGGCAAAACUAAUGAAGCACAAGACGACAGCGUAGUGCUGAGAUAGUAGGAUAGGACAGCAUAGAAAUGCAUUGCGGAUCGUAUGUAUUUGUGCCCUGUUGACAUCUCCUGCAAGAGGUUACCUUGGCGCAGCAAUCCCUCCAAAACAACCACUUUCUUACGAUUUGCACUUUUUUCUCCAGCGUUGAACUGCUUUAUUUCUGGCAGUUUCCUUAGAGAUAACCUUAUAACCUUACACUGAUGAACUCUCCCUCCUGCAUUUUAAAACAAACCAAUAGGCCUAGUGUUUUUAAAGGCAGGGUGUAACUAAUAUUGUACUGUAAUGUUUUUCUCCUUUUUGUCAAACAUGAUUGACAGGUUGUUGAUUUUCUGACUUUUGGUACCUGUUUUGAGAACUGAACACUGUGAUAUUUGAUAAAUAUUGUUCAAUUUACCCUUUCAACUAGCCUGGUCCGAGAUCAGUUUGUGCUCUCUUGCCAAUAGUUAUUUACAAUGACCAUAGGAGUUGGCAGGAUAGCACAAACUGAUCUGGGACCAGGAUAACUUUGACAUGAUGUAGAUAGCAUGUUUGCUGCCGCUAUUUCACCACAAAUGGCCCUGGGUAUGAUCUAACUGUAUGAUGAGCACUAGUGUUUAUAAGUGACAUUGCACUAUGUAUUGUAUUGUACUGUAACUGUACUGUAUUUGAAUGCCUCCUGAUGGUCACUGAAGCCCUGGGAAUCCCUAAUAAAGCAGAUUUAUCACCUUGUA